UCAAUUCAAUCCCGGGGUAAAUAACAAAUUUAACUGUUAUAGCUUUAUAGUGCAAAUCUAUUCGUCAAAGCGUGACACUUAUAUUUGCACUCAGGAUAAGCUGGGAAACCCCAACAUUUUCUAAGUUCCGGAGUAUCUCUAAUUACCUUUUGGCUUUAACUAUAAUUUGUAAUGUCUACAUUUUAACAACGAACAAGUUACCAUCAGCAGAAAAAUAAGAACAGGAUACCAGCUGUCUAUCCACUAACCAUUCACCAAGGUUGUCUUGUACGACCAGUAUCAUUAUACGGCUAUAGAGAAUGACUUCUUUGUGGUCAGAAUGCUCAAUGAGACAUGAAGAAAUUAAACGUGGAAAGUUGAAUGUCGCCGUGACAGGAAAGGCAGGAGCGGGAAAGUCCAGUUUUAUAAACGCCGUCCUUGGCCUGAAAGUAGGACAACCAGGAGCAGCUUACACUGACGUCAAGGAAUGUACGGACUAUAUAUUGUCUUAUCACGCACCAAACUUUGAGCAUAUUGUGUUUUGGGAUUUGCCAGGUAUUGGUACAGACACUCAUAACAAAAACAACUAUGUCAAAAAGUUAGGUUUAUUGGAUUAUGAUUUUUACCUUGUUAUGGGAUCUGAACGAUUAACGGAUGACGAACUAUGGCUAGCAAACAUUAUCCGAAAUAGCAAUAAAAAGUUUUAUUUUGUUCGUACUAAGGUCCAUGAUGGUAUAAAAUUUGAUGUGUUAAGCCGGGCAAACCCUCGUAGUAAAGAAGAAAUUUUGACUACACUACGAACUGACUGUUAUUCUAAUCUCCGCCGAUAUGAUUUAACACGUCAGGACAUUUAUCUCAUCGAUAAUUUUAAAACUGAUGAUUACGAUUUCUCCUUUCUGAUGCUUAAUCUUGAAGAAGAAUCCUUACAAGUUAGGAUAAAAUACGUACUAGCAUACUACAAUCAGAAAGAACGAUCAUUUCUACACCAAAGGAAGGUUCUUCUUGAAACAAUUGAAAAUGUUGUAGUUGAAGCAACAACAAAGUGUAAAGAACAGACGCCUGAAUUAGGAGCAUCUCUUAAUAUCGAGGUUUUGCUCCGAGAGACAAAACGUUAUAUGGAGCAAUUCGAACGAUCAAGUGAUGAUAUAGAGAAACAUGAGGAGUUAACUGGAUGGCAUAAAGAAGUGCUUCAAGAUCUUUUGACAAGAAACAGUGUUGAAAUUAAUUGUUCGGAGAAGGGAGUUCUGGACUUUUGCAAAAAUAUUGAACUUUGUGAAUUAAUUGAUGUGCAGUGUGCGAUGCCAACUAAAAGUAAUAAGAAGACAAAAUCAUGGUCCUUUAAGAUUGCCUUUAAAUACUUAAACAGGAUACUUGAUAUUUUGUAUCAUAAUGCAUUAAAGAUAAACACGGAGAUCAUUGAAAUGAGUAUGCAGGGGAAAAACUUUAGAUAAACAUAUAUAUUAUAAUUUUGUAAUUCUGGUAUAUAAUAUAAUUGUUUUAACCACUUUAAUAAAUAAAUCUGUAUUAACGAAACAGACGUUUUUCAACGUAUUACAAAAUAAAACGUAUUCAAGUAGCUAUCUAAAUUGAUCGAAGAGAUUAAUAAAUAAAUUGCCUGUUCAUGAAAUGGAGAGUUUCUGUCAUUACGUCACAUUCAAGAGAGAAAUGCUCGAUCAUUUAGUUAACUUGCACAUUUAAUACAAAUAUGGUUGAAAUUAAACAUGUUAAUCCAGUGAAACGCAAAUUAUUUAAAUUAAUAUUUCGUCUGUAUAAUCGGCUGGACGUUGUGAUUGGUUUGACUAAUCGAUUUGUGAGAAACUUUUCUUAAAAACUAACUGUAUACAAUUUAAUUGUAAAUAUACUGAUUUUAGUUAAUUGUAUUAAUUAAGUACAACUGAUAAUGAGAUUCAGAAAUUUAUAUAUGUUAAAGUUUUCAUAUUCAUCAUGUAAAAAAUGGAUACUUAACCGUAAAAACAUACAAAAGCAAUCAAUCAAUGCUAAAUAUAUUUGAAACUAACCUUGACUUUAAACUCGGUAUUAAGGGUAUUUCAUAAGAAACCAAACUACAAACAGCGAGACAUCUUAAAAGAGAGUUAAACUGAUACAAUAUAAUAAGAGGUGAGAGACUUAAUUUUGCAUAUUAUAUUUUCCUUUGUACUUAUCUAACCAUGUUGCACAUAAUCUUGAAAAACUUAUUAUAUUUGUCUUUUAUAUUUUGACAUAGUAUUAUGAAUGAGUAAUGAACAGUCUACAGAUUUGUUAGGAAAAGAGCUGUCUGUACACGAAAAUCUAUAAAAAUAUAUUAAAAGGUCACUACAGAUCAAGCAAUA